AUGGCCCCGGGGAGCGGGGUGAAGAGCGAGUACAUGAAGCGCUACCGGGAGCCGCGCUGGGACGAGUACGGGCCGUGCUACCGCGAGCUGCUGCACUACCGCCUGGGCCGCCGGCUGCUGGAGCAGGCGCACGCGCCCUGGCUCUGGGACGACUGGGGCCCGGCCGGAGCCUCGGACGACUCGGCGUCAUCGGCGUCGUCGUCGGGCGCCGGAGGCCCAGCGCCCCAGGGCGCCCCCGCUUCGCCGCCCUCGGAGCCCGCGGCGCGGGAGGGGCCGGAACGGCGGGCGCGCGGGCCGGCGGAGGAGCGGGGCGCGGAGGCGGCAGAGGCCGAGGAGGCCCGGGACGCGGAGGGCGCGGACGAGGCGGCGGCGGCAGCGGCGGCUCUGCCAGCCCCGCCCGUGAAAGAUAUCAAAGAAAAACCUGAACAAGAGAUCAGAACAAAAGAGACUGAGAAGUUACCUAACAGUACUGAACCUCGACAGCAACCAAGUGCCUUAUUUGCCAGAGGAAAUAGGAAAGCAGUCAAAAGUCCUCAAAGAUCAUCGAGUAAAAUAAAAGAGAACAAGCAUCCAUUUGCCCUUUAUGGGUGGGGAGAAAAGCAGACGGAUACAGGAAGCCAGAAAACUCACAAUGUCUGUGCGUCGGCUCCGGUCCACGAGAUUCAUGAGUCGGCAUUACGAGCCAAGAACAGAAGACAGGUGGGAAAACGGAAACCGGGCACUCAGAGGCAGCGCGCCCACUCCGUGGAGGUGGAGAAGAACCGGAGGACAAAGCCUCCGCCCUCGGAGAACCCAUGGGUGACGGAGUACAUGAGAUGCUACUCAGCACGGGCCUGA